AUGUGGUUCCUCAUACUCUUGGCGGUGCUUCUUGCUCUUCUCAUACUGGAGUCCACUCCACCAAGCCGUUUCCCUCCAGGUCCUCGUUGGAUACCUUUUCUAGGGAACUACUUGCUGUUUUAUAAAUUACGCCAAAAACUGGGAUUCACUCAUCUUGUUUGGGAAUGGCUGUCAAAAAGGUAUGGUCCACUGGUCGGAGUCAGACUUGGAAAUGAUAAGCUGGUUAUCGGCACUAACUUAGCAGUUGUAAAGGAGUUACUCACCAAGGAACAGUUUGAAGCUAGGCCGGAUGGUUUCUUCUUCCAGUUCAGAGCCUUUGGAGAGAGAUAUGGGCUCGUGUUUGUGGACGGUGAGUUCUUCAAUGAGCAGAAAAGAUUCGUCAUGAAACACUUGAAAUCCUUUGGACUAAAUAGGAGUAUAAUGGAAGGCAGGAUAAGCGGCGAAGCCGAAGAUCUUGUCCAACACAUCCUUAAGAACCAGAAGGAUGGAGUGGUCUUUUCAGAAAUUGUUGAAAUAAGCGUAAUGAACAUUCUUUGGUCUAUUGUUGCUGGCGGCAGGUUUCAGUUGGACGACAAAAAAGCACGAGUUUUGAUAGAUCAUAUCCACACCAGCUUUCGCCUGCAAGAUAUGUCAGGAGGCAUACUUAAUCAAAUGCCGUUUCUUAGAUUCAUUUGUCCAGAACUGACGUCGUUCAAUAAGCUCAAGGAUGUUCUUGGCAACCUCACAACGUUUGUAAAGCAAAUAAUUGAUGAACACCGGGAAACAGUAUCGAGUUAUGAAAACAGAGACUUGGUUGAUGCAUUUUUAAAUGAAAUGAAGAAACACGAAGCCAGUAAAAGUACUUUUACAGAGAAACAGCUCAUAAUUCUUCUUCUUGAUCUCUUCCUGGCCGGACCAGAAACAACUUCGGCGACCCUAGGAUUCGCAAUUCUCCACCUUCUUCAUUAUCCUCACAUCCAGAACAAUCUGCACAACGAGUUGGAUACGGUGAUCGGGAAAGGAAAACGGCCAUGUAUGAAGGAUAAGCCUAACCUGGUCUAUAUGGAAGCAUUCACGAUGGAGCUCCUCAGGAGCGUCAAUGUAACUCCAACGACAGUGUCUCAUCGUGCCAAAGAGGACGCUGAAGUGAUGGGCUACAUAAUUCCAAAGGACACAAUAGUUUUGGCAAAUUUAUAUAGUUUGCACAUGAACAAGGACCACUGGAUCGAUCCAGAAAAGUUCAGGCCAGAGAGAUUCAUAGAUGAAAAUGGUGCUAUUAUACAAAACGAUUUCUUCAUUCCAUUUGGAUUAGGUAAGAGGAGGUGCAUGGGCGAAGCCUUAGCCAAGACUAGCAUCUUCUUGUUCCUGACUACAAUUUUACAAAAUUUCAAAGUUCGUCCAGUUUCUCAAGAACUGCCACCAAUGAAGUCCCUGGACGGUGCUACGAUUUCCCCGGCUUCUUUUCGAUGCUUCUUCGAACCCAGGGAAUGAAGUUCAUAUAGUUUUACUCUUAGUUUGUUGUAGAAAAAAAUAUGUAAACAAAUAUAAUUAUCCCACAUAAUAAUAAUCUUUUAAUAAUGAUUCGGGUUCUUGGGCUGCUUGGUGUAUUUGUGAUAUUCUAUAUGUAUAUAUUGUAUGUUAUAUAUUGUAAAAUUGUAUUGUAGUGAGAUAAUAUGUUUUUUACAAUAGAAUAAGUGUUUAAAAUGACUUUUAUGUUUGGUUCAAGUAUGGUUGUGAUAUUAAUUUAAUUUGGAAAAAAAAUACAUUAUAUA